CCGUAGGGUUUGAAAGUUGCUAAGAGCGUAAACAUGGUGGGUUGGGGUGUGUAAUUUAGUUAGUUUAAGUUAUUAUUUGUGGAUUUUAACAUGUUAGUUAAUUACAGCAGCAGUUCGGAUGAGGAAAAUGAAGUCGCAGGUCAACACAGGAAGCGAAAAAGGAAAAAUAAUGGUAAAGAUGUGAGUCCCUCUCAAAUGAAAAGGGUUCAAGGUCAACACAAAGCAAAUGCAAUGAGAGAAGAAAACUCAGAUCAGGCAUCUGCUCAUCUUCCUUUGCCUGUCAGCGUGUUGGAGAUGUUUAGAGAUGAAGAAGAGCAGCAUGUAGAUGAUGCUUCACUACAUGGAGGAAGAGUGAGAUCAUUCCACCACGAGAGAGGAAACUGGGCUACUUAUGUCUACCUGCCAUACGAACCAGAAGACAUAUUCUUGGAGUUGCUGGAUGAGCUGAGAGUUUGUGCGGCAGCUCGUGGCAUCAACCUAAACAAUGCAGAAGAGUUUCACUUAAGCCUCUCCAAGACUGUGGUCCUGCGCCAUCACUGGAUCCAGCCGUUUGUGCAGUCCCUACGCGCUGGACUGACACCAUGCAGCAGAUUUGUGUGUCUAGCAGAUAAACUGAAGGUCUACUCCAAUCACGAAAAAACAAGAACCUUUCUUGGCAUGGAAGUCUCUACAGGUCACGCACAGCUGCACGAGCUGGUAAAAAGAGUAGACGAGACCAUGGAGGAGUUCACUCUCAGCACUUUCUACAAGGAUCCAUCGUUUCAUGUAAGCCUGGCCUGGUGCAUUGGAGAUUUCACUGAACAGCUGCAGGAUGCGUGUUUAUCAGAGUUGCAGAGCGUCGUGGACGGUCAUGACGACGGACCUUUCCAGAUAAAACUGAACUGCAACGAGCUGCGCUGCAAAACAGGAAAUAAAGUCUUUCUUUUCCAGCUUCAGUGACUGAAAGCAGCCAGACAAGAAGCUACUGUGGGAAUCUAAUAACGCCUUCAGAAACUGCUUGAAUUUAGGGAGGGCCGGACGGGUAUCAAACUACAACACGUCAAUCUUACAACUAAUGACAAAAAAACAAUAUAGGUGUUCAAGUGGCACAGUAGUCUAAUAUAAUAGCCUGUAUGUGUUUGUGCCACCCCUGGAUGGGGUAUUAUCUUCUUGUUGCUGUAUACCUGGCUUCUGCUGUGUGGCACAAGUGACUGAAGCGUACAAGGUCCUUAAGGUGCUUUUGGUCCUCCGUACCAGCUACGACUCCAUGUAAGAAACCUCCACUGGCCAGAAACUUGUUAUUAUGGCCUUUUUGCUACAGUAAUAUUAACAGUAUCAUUUGGGGGUGGUCCUAAUGUUUUGACUCAUCAGUGUACAUACGUUUAUAGAUUGCAUUACGUCUUCAGUAAAGUGUGAUGUUAUAUGAUAUGAUGUUAUAUGAGGAAAUAAUUUGAGCGCCGCUUCAGACAAUCCAGAGUCAAAUUUAUAAUAAAGUAAAUAGUUGUAAUUAGUUUUGAAUGGUUGCAGUCAGUGUGCUGAAUUUAAUACUGUAUAUUUAUUGUGUAAAUAAAGGUUUGGGAUUUUUUUUUACCGUGA